AUGGCUACCCUCGAAGACCUAAAAUUCUACCCACAAAACCAACUAAACUACUACUACGACCAAAAUUCAAGCACCGUUUGUCGCAUUUGCCUCGAAAAAGCGCAAAACAGCAAAAAAAUGUGCAAUAUUUUCGAAGGAAACGAACCAAUUUUCACCAUGAUCAUGUCCUGUGCUUCAAUACAGAUCCUGCAAGGUGACGGCUUACCUAACACAAUUUGCCAGAAAUGCCUGGCAAAAUUAAACGUGGCCUGGCAAUUUAAAUUACAAUGCGAAAGCUCUGAUUUGCGCCUCCGCCAAUUCUACACCGACUCAACCGUUUUGAGUUUCACCGAAACGGAGAAAAACUUCGACGAAACCCCCGCAACAAGUCAGGUCAAACCCCCCGAGACCAAAAAAACCAAAAAACGGCCAAAAGAGAGCAACAUACACCAGUGCGAAACGUGCGGUAAAAUUUUCAACAGGAGGGAGUAUCUCACUCAGCACAUACGGAUUCACACGGGGGAGAAGCCCUACUGUUGCCACAUUUGCGAGAAGCGGUUUAUCAAUUCGGGGCAUUUGACCACGCACAUGAGGACGCAUACGGGCGAGCGCCCCCAUGCCUGCUCCCUGUGCCCCAAAGCCUUCUCCACGCGCCAGGAGCUGCACAAGCACACGAUGGUGCACAAUGGGGAACGGCCUUUUGUCUGCACCACGUGUGGCAAGUGUUUUGGGAGCAGUAGUAAUCUGUAUUCGCAUCUGAGGCACCAUACAGGAGAGAAGAAUUUUACGUGUGAGCAUUGCGGGAAGGCUUUCUACACCAAACAGGAGUUGAAGCAACAUUUGGUGGUGCAUACGGGGGAGAAGGCCUUCGGAUGCAAAUUCUGCAGCAAGAGGUUCUCGCAGAGUGCGCAUUUGAGGAGGCACCUGAAGCUGCACGCGUGAUUGGAUGAUUUUUUUGAGGAGGGUUAGGGCUAGGAGGUGAUUUUUCGGUUCAGUUUGGCUGUGCUUUAGCCCAAUUUGGUGGUUUUUGCGUUAUUAUUACAAUAUGAUCGAAAUUACGUGAGUGUGCAAAAUUUCAGCACGGUCGGAUAACAGGCGAAGGCUCUCAAAUUUCACUCGCUGAAUAAACAGACGAGUCAGGAAAAACGAUUAUUGAUUAAAUUCGAUGAUUUUUCGCAAAAAAACCUGAGAUUUUGGUUGAAAAUAUUUAAAGACUCACUAAAGGUGACAUCAUUUUUAACUAAAUUUUGUGGUUGUAUAAUGCAAGUGAUAAAUGAGACUUUAAUUUCUUAUUAUUUUUAAGCAAUAUUUAGCAGCUUUCAAAUAAUUUGAGAACGCAAGUCAGCUUCUAACAGAUUUUUCUUGGAAAUAAUGUCUUUUACUUACUUAACUCACAGUAUAAAAUAAUUGAGUUAGAAUUUAGAACAUUAUUUUAUCAGUUAUUAUCGGGGGUUGAAAUGAUAUUCAAAAUCACUCCAAUUUAUUUUCUGUUACGUGGUUUAACAGCAAAAUUUAAAAUAUUUUUGCAUACAUAGGAAUUAUUUUGUACUUUUUUGAGGCUGUUUUUAACAGCCCUUGACCUUUUAUGUGCAUAAAAGCUUCAAAAAGGUAAAAAUAACACAUUUGGCCAAAUUACGUAAAUUUCAGCAAAAUUAAUGAAUUAAUGAACCAACGAAGAUGAUGUGUUGUGUCACCUCCUGGCAUUUACCUCCGUGGCCAUUGGCUGUUUAAUUUUUGUGAUAUUUUCGUGUUGUUUAGUACAAAUUUGCUCGUCUUGUGUUUUUGAAUAA